AGUCACGUGAAAGGGAAGACUCGUCGAGUCCAUCGUGCGCAGACCAGAUCGCUCUCGCCGCCGGGGGGAGCGAUGGUGAAGGCGGUGGUCGCCGACGAGGCGCAGCUCAAGGCCUUCGAGGACGGCCUCGCCUCCUCCGCCGCCCCUAGAUCCCAGGUGGGUCUGGUGGUCGGCAAGCUCAGCGCCUCCUCCGACCGCGCCCUCGUCUACUCCCUGCUCCCCACGCCGCCCACCGAUGCCGGCGAGCCCGCUUGCUCCCUCCGGGCCGCCGCCACCGCCCCCUCAGCUGCCAAGGCUAAGUCCAAGGGAGGCGGCAAGGGUGGCUCAACGGCUUCUUCUGAUGCGCCGCCUUCGCUCCAGUUCGACAUCGACUGGGUCGCCGAGCACGCCCGACAGGUGUCGAGGAUGCUCCUGGGAGGAAUGAGUGUCAUAGGUAUCUAUAUAUGGGCUUCGGAAGGCUCCUUCAAAGCAACUUCUCCUGCUGUUUUAUCACAGGUUAUUAGAGUGGUUUCUCAGGCAGUUCCUUGGUACGGCAGUGACUUUGAUGAGAGGCUGCUCAUUCAUCUCGCUUACAGCCCAAGAAGGUUGGUCUGUCGUAUAUGUGAGAUGGCAUCAGGAAGUUUAAGGCCAUGUGACUUCAAAUAUAGCAAAUUAUUACCUUCACUUCAAACUUUCAGAUGCACAUACAAUUUUGAGACAAGGUUGACAGUUGUUCAAGCCGAGCCUUUUAACAAAGUUGUUUCGAAGGCAAUCAGUCAUCUUACAAAGGAAGUGCAGAACGCCAAAGUUUUAAUUGAUGGAAAUCUGUUCUCGGAAGAUAUGAACAUCACUUCAGAGGGCUCACACAAAGUUGAUUUUCUUAUACCUUUCAAGAACAAUUUACCUGCUGGAGAAUGCAGUUUAGAGGGAGUUGCUGGGUUGCUUCUCUUUCCUGGAUCUGUCAGUGGGUGUGCAUACUUAGGCCCAAAAGAAUCUAUUUCAGAAGCUAUAUCUGAUCUGAAGAUGGACAUCAUUGCAAGCCUACGGAGCAGAUUGGAUAUCAUCCUCGAUGAGGCAGAUGAUGACUCUACCACUAAUGAUGUAGAGAACUCACUGUCUCAGAAAACCACCCAAGUUACUUUUCGUGAGUUGAGAGAACCUUAUAGUUUCUCAUUCCCUAGACGGAUUCUGAUUCCUUGGUUGGCUGGCUCCUAUAUUUGCGACUACUUGCAGCAAUCAGAGACCACAAAGGAUGCAAUGGAGCGCUGCAAGGAAGUGAUAUCGCUGGAAGCAGGUGUGGAGAGCUCUUCAAUCAUAGAACCAGAAAUCGCAGCGGCUUCGGUGACACUAGAAUCAUUUUGGGACAUGGUGCCUGGAGCUUUGGUGCGUGCGCCUGCCGAACCCAGCCUGAAAGAUAGUCACUCUCAACAGGCUAGUGAUUCAAGGAGAACACAAGGCAGCAAUCUCAGCAUUCUAGUUCCUUUGUUUGUGCUACUGGUUGCUCUUUUAGUUGGUUUUAUGUUUGCAUUCUCUCCCAACUCAAAAACAUGAGUACAUGAACUGAGAUGACAUCUGUCUUGUAUCUUGGUUUGGUCGAUGAUUCAACUAUGGAAGGGAAAAGUGUAGAGUUUCUUUUGGCGCAUUUGUCGUAGUCUCAUAGACUGUUGUAGGUGUUGCACAGACAUGAUCCAUCCUUUUGAUGAGAGGGGCAAGGCAACUGUAUGGAGUGUUUUUUUGGUGAUGUUAUUGCUGGGGUUCGUUUUCUUAA